AUGCUACUGGCCAUCAACGAGACCGAGACCAAGCGCUACUUCUCUUCCGUACAGGAGCGGCAUUACUCAGAUAUUGGUAUUUUGGGGGCCUCUUUUUUUCCCCUCCCCUCUUUUGUCUCACAGCUCCACACUGACCUCGAUAAGGGGGACAGUUCGGUGAAGUACACCCUCUCGGGGGAAGGUGCUGGCUCCAUUUUCACAAUUGACCAAACUACGGGGGACAUCCAUGCCUUAAGGAGCCUUGACAGGGAGGAGAAGCCUUACUACACCCUGCGGGCUCAGGCUGUGGACAUCGACACCAAUAUCCCCCUGGAGCCGGAAUCGGAGUUUGUCAUCAAGGUCCAAGAUAUCAAUGACAAUGAACCAAAAUUCCUGGAGGGACCUUACACAGCCAGCGUACCCGAGAUGUCACCAGUCGGGACCUACGUGACACAAGUAACAGCCACAGACGCGGAUGACCCAACCUAUGGAAACAGUGCCAGAGUUGUGUACAGCAUCCUUCAUGGUCAGCCAUACUUCUCUGUUGACCCCAAAACAGGUGUUAUAAAGACAGCUUUGCCCAAUAUGGACAGAGAAGUGAAGGAAGAGUACCAGGUAUUAAUCCAGGCCAAGGACAUGGGGGGGCAACUGGGAGGACUGGCUGGGACCACCAUUGUCAACAUUACGCUCAGCGACGUUAACGACAACCCACCCAGGUUCUCUAAAAGUUUCUUCCACCUGAGAGUUCCUGAAUCCUCUGCAAUGGGGUCUGCUGUCGGCAGAAUAAAGGCCCAUGACUUGGACAUUGGGAGGAACGCCGAAGUAGAGUACACCAUCGUUCCCGGCGAUGGCGGCGCCAUGUUUGACAUCACAACCAAUGAGCACAACCAAGAGGGGAUGAUCAUUCUCAAAAGGCCGCUGGACUAUGAGACCAAGAAGGCGUACACCUUCAAGGUGGAAGCCUCCAACGCUCAUUUGGAUCCACGAUUCCAGAGCUUUGGGGCUUUCAAAGACACAGCAACAGUGAAGAUUAACGUGCUGGAUGUGGAUGAGCCCCCGGUGUUCAAUAAGCCCUCCUAUGUGAUGGAUGUGUACGAGGACACGCCCGCGGGCACCAUCAUUGGGGCGGUGACGGCACAGGAUUUAGACGCCAGCAGCAGCCCAGUCAGGUAUUCCAUCGACUGGAAGAGUGACUUGGACAGCUACUUUGACAUCGAUCCGGUGGAAGGAACUAUUUCCACAAACGAGCUGCUUGACAGGGAGAACAUCGCCCAGCACAAUAUCUCUGUUGUGGCAACCAAACUCAACAGCCCGGUUCUGACCAGCCGAGUGGCCGUCACGGUGCACGUCCUGGACAUCAACGAGUUCCCGCCUGAACUGGCCAGUCCUUAUGAGACCUUCGUUUGUGAAAACGCCAAAGUGGGACAGGUGAUUCAGAUCUUCAGUGCAAAAGAUCAAGACCUACCGAGUGCUGGGCAACAGUUCUCCUUCAGAACGUCAAAGGAAGACGUCAAGAAUAAGAAUUUCACAGUUAGAGACUUUGGAAACAACACGGCAGGAAUUGUGACAAAGCGGAGCGGCUUCAGGCGGCGUCUACAGGAGAUCUACUUCCUGCCUGUUGUGAUAGAAGACAAUGGCUACCCACCGAAGAGCAGCACGGGCACGCUAACCAUUCGUGUGUGUGGCUGCGAGUUGGACGGCUCGCUGCUGACAUGCAGCGCCGAGGCCAUCUUCCUUCCUGUGGGGCUGAGCACAGGAGCUCUCAUCGCCAUACUUCUGUGCAUCGUCAUCUUAUUAGUUAUCGUCGUGCUCUACGUGGGAUUAAGACGGCAGAAGAAAAAGGAAACCCUCAUGUCCUCCAAAGAGGACAUCCGAGAUAAUGUGAUCCACUACGACGACGAAGGAGGAGGGGAAGAGGACACACACGCCUUUGACAUGGGGACCCUUCGAAACCCCAAGGUUGUCAAGGAGAACCUGUACCGCAGGGACAUCAAGCCCGAGACGCAGCGAGGCCCCAGGCCGCCCGCCUCUCAGGACAGCUCAAACAUCCGAGACUUCAUCAACCAGCGGCUGAAAGAGCACGACACAGACAACUCGGCUCCGCCCUACGACUCUUUGGCCACGUACGCGUACGAGGGGGACGGCUCGGUGGCAGAGUCUCUCAGCUCCAUCGAGUCGCUCGCAGUAGACUUUGAGGAGGACUACGACUACCUCAGUGACUGGGGGCCUCACUUUAAAACUCUGGCGGGGAUUUUUGGAGAGCAGUCGGAAACUCACUCAGAUUCGACAAACACAGAGAACAUGCACUGAUGUUCCUCAUGGACUCAAAAAGGGAAGAUGUAACAUUGUUUUGUUUCUUUUUUAUUUUUUUGCUAUUGCCUCAUAUUUUUUUCACCAUAGUUUUUCUCCAAUGUUUGUUUUGUUUUACAACUCACUGGUUCUAUUUUAUAAGUAAUUUUACAAUGUUCAGUCCCAAAAUUGUAAAAAAAAAAAAGAAAAAAAAAAACACACACAAAAAUAUGUUAACAUGAUUAGAUGGGCAGCCAUUCAAUUUUUUGUCGAUUGAAUGUUGUUUCACGUCUUGCAUUUAGUUUCCUCUUGGGGAAGACGCACGGAAAUGUUGUCAUUUCCUGGAACAUCCUUUAAAGUGCCUCAAUAUAAUUGUUUCACUUGCUGUUUCAUGGCACAUAUCCGGUGCAUUUCUUAAUUUUUCUCAUCCCCAUAAGUAAAAGCUGAUUCCGUCAGCGUGCUGUACUGUGCUCAGACUGGCAUCGAGACCAAUGCCAGAACCUGUGAGGCAAAUGAAACGGGCCGAGUUUGCCCAAAGAAUCUUCUGAAUGUUAUUUAUUGUUCUAUUUAUUUAUUGGAUGACUGAGUCUGAUUGGAUGCUUGUGUAUUUAUCUAUUUAUCUCUCAAUCAUCAAUCGGUAUUUUUUAUUUUUGGAAACACUUGAGGAUUUUUGUAAUUAAUGAAAAAGGCCCAUGUGAAAAUUGUAUGUUUCUGUUAGUUGGAUCUUGUAAAUAGACUUGUACUAGAGUUGUAAAAAAGAUAUGGUUAGGGCUGGCUAAAUGCUACAGUUUGGUCAUGUAAUAAGCACUGUUUUCUUAAAUAAAUGGCACUUGGACAGAAAAGCUUA